UUCUUGCAGAAAUUUAUUUUGCCUGAAUGCAAUUUUGUCUCUUUGUAUAUUCUUGUUUGUUCCAUUAUUCAUCAUGCUAGGUAUAUUAAUUUUUGAUCAGUUAAAUGAUAUAAUUUAUAUAAAAAGUGAUAUUGGAUUUCUUCGACAUGUUCAAGGCAUGGCUGUGGCUCAAGGCCUCAAUUCCCCUUCUGAAAUCAAUGAUCUGAAAAAGGCAGUGGAGGCCAAUAUUUUGGUGCAGCUUUUUUCACCUCUGCUUACCUCUCACCAAGUGAUGGAUCUGCAGUUUGGGAACCCCUACACAGCCAUCACUUGCCAUGAUGGCACAACACUAGCUAUUCAUAAGUAUGAGUCCUGUGUGUUCCUGGUGAUAGGCCAGGCAGAGGAAGAGUGGCUGCAAAGACUUCUCAGCACUGUUGUGAGACUCACAAAGCUGCUAGUGGGACCCUGUGUUACUGUUUUACGUGAGAGCAAGGAGCGUCGGAAGGUGUUUGGUAGACUCAUAAAGGCUUGGCUGCAUGCAUCAGCUUCCCAGCAGUGCUACCUUGUGGAGGCUGUUGAACGACUAGUCUUGAGUCCUGAGGUUACCACUGCUGCUGUGCAGGUUCUAUCACAAGUCCUUGACAAGAUGAAGAGUAAGCAGAGCAGAAGCAGUGGCGGGGCUCUGUUGCCGUGUCACGCUCUCCUGCUUGUCAGGAACAAGCUGCUUGCUCUCUACUCAUCUCGCAGUGCUCAGGAGCUGUCGGCAUGUGAUGUUCUUCUGCUCAAUUUGCUGCUGCAGGAAAAUCAAGACCAAAGUGAAGCAUCUUCCCUGCAGCUGCUGCUGGAGGAUGACUGCACUCUGUCCCCAGGAUCUGCCCGUACUGAAGGAAAUUCGCAACUACAAGAAGUGGAGGAUGAGGGCAGCACCCUGCAAACUGUGACUCUUGAGCAGCUGGAGGGAGAAGAACAGCAGAUUCUUGAAGGGGUGUCAUGCCAUAGCGUGCUGAUGCUGCUGAAGACAGAACUGUCGGUGUUCACCCCUCACCUCGUGCACUACAGCGUCCUACACCCCAACCUGGCACUCAUUGUUGUGUCUGAGAUCGGGCGGAGUCGCGUAAGCGGGAGCGUGAUGAGUUUGCUGCAGUGUGUGGCAGGGCUGAGCAGCGGCCGCGGCACCCACGCCGUCGACGUGUGCGAGGCAACCCUGCUGCAGACGCUGCAACUCGCGCGCAAGCUCACGCCUAACUCCAACACCGACGCUAUAGCGCAUGCUCUUGAUAAGGUUGAGCUGCAGUGGCACCACUGCAAGACUGGCGGCUUGCUUGAGUGGCGCGAGGGCGACCAGGACGUCGAGAUGUCGUCUCGUCUGGAGUCCGCCCUGACGGCGCUGCUGGACGCCGUACGUGUCGCCUGGAAGCUCAUCUCGCUGCCAUAUUCGCCCAGCACUGGCGGCAGCCUCGUGGCCGCUGCAUGUGCACAGCAAGCUGCACUUUAUGCCAAGGAAAAACUAGCAUCAUACGCUCAGUUCCUCGAUGUCAAAGCUAUGACUAAUUCAAAGUUUGAGUGCCGGGCGUUGACGGUCAACAAGUAUAUGGAUGACUUUCCUGGUCUCGUGCACUUCAUCUACGUGAACAGAUCUACGCACGAGCUCACGGCACCGUCGCUAGAUCCUCUAGAGAGCGAGACCUGCGACGCUGACGGCCCCAGCAACCAGUUCCUGGAGUCGUGCCAGGCGACGCGACAGCUCACGAAGGAGCGCGUAUGGACCAUGUUUGAGUUUGCCCGAUCUCAUUUGAGUAGUGGCAACUUUUCUGUCAUGUGGAAGGACACAACUUUUAGCUACGCUUAUUUCCUAUGGUUUGAGGAUCGUAACGGAGUUGCUCAGAUUCCCGAGCAGCUAGACGAGGACGUGUUGGCGGCUCUGCCCUUGCCUGGGAUACUGAGUGAGGACUUCUACCGCCGGUUGACGGCACACUGCGUGCCCGCCCUCAGCCCUGACCAGGUGCAGGUGUGCGAGGUGCUGUGCGUGCACCUCGGCCUCGUCACGGCGCCCUGCAUCCUCGAGCAGACACGUCGGCUGCUGGCGUCCGUGUGGGAGGUCGCGGGGCAAGGAACCUCCUGCCAUCCUGCCGACUUGCUCUGAAUUGCUCUUCUUUUCAAUGAAUUGGCACUUGAUUUGUCAUUCUUAAAUGUUCAUCAUGAAUGACAUUCCUACAUGAAAUAGUAAUUCUAAUCCAAUGAAUCUCUCCGUGAUAUCUGUUUUUUACAAUUGAAAAUAAUUCAACUUCUGCAUGAUUUAAAAGUUCAUGAAUCGAACAUUUUUCGAUGGCUCCUUUUCGCACGAGGCGUACAAAAUUAUCUAGUGCGCUCCAUAUUGUCCUUAUAAUAUUCCAAUUCUGAUCUCAAUGAUUUAUUGACUACUUAAUAUAAUCUUUGAUGCGAAUUGUACGUAUGAUGUAGUAUGACGUAUACUGUUAGAUAUAUAUACUCCUUUGCACUCUAGUCAUUUUUGUCAGUCAUGUUGACGUCGAAAAUACUUUUUUAUUUCCUAGCUGUUAUUAUUUUUUAUACGAUUUUAUUUAAUUUUCAAUGAAAUAACCUUUUUCCAACUAGGAAAAUGUGAGUUGAAGUUAUUUUAAAUGUAUUUAUAUAUAUUGGUUGAAGAGUUGGUCGUGUAGUUUUUAAGAAUGCCGUGUACUAAAUGUGUUCACUGCUUAGUUGAAGGCCAAAGUCUAAUAAUCUCAUCAGAUUGAUUACUAUUUUCAUGCCAUUAGAUCAGCCGAUAAGAUUUGUACCAAAAACCGGAAGGAGAUCCAAUUUUUAUAAUGUUUUUCCAUCGAAGGAUCCGUCUUGACACAUCUCAAUGGUCAUGAUAUAAAAAUGUUUUUGCGCUG